AUGAUGAUGUCGAUACAAAGGGAUGAAACAGGAGGUGAAGAACAACAAUUGCUCAACUUUAAGAGGGAUUUUGGUGAUGAGGAGGCAUACGCUGCUGUUAUAGAACAUAGUUAUGGGGUAAUUCUAACAGAGAAAAGUGAUGGCGGUGAAGUAAAUAGUUCACCUGUUCGAGGAUUGAUAGUUACUGAAGUUAAUGUAGAAAAAGAAGUAAAUUAUAGUACACAUGUUGAUACCAAUUUUUUAACAAUGACUCAGUUUCAUCGUCUUCCAGGGGUGAAUGAGGAAAUGGUUAAGUUGUUGGAUGAAACCGAGUUACAGGUGUAUAGAAGGAAACAACUAAUGUCUGGAAUCAGUGGGGAAAAGGUGGUUGGAAGAAAUAUAGGAGAAGCUGUUGAUAAGGCUGCAGAAGAUGAUGAUAAUGACAAAAGGGAAAAACGUUGUGUUGAUGCGUUGUUUAAUUUCUGGGAUGACGAUGUUGUGGUUGUGAAAGCAAUUCUGGUUGAAUGGGAAUUAGUUUAA